AUGGGUUACGAUAAAAAACGGUUUGUUAUCUCGACUACCGGUGCCCCAAACGAUUUGGACGAGUUUGUCUGUACAAUAUGUAUGGACGUAUUGGACGAUCCGGUAUUUUCCCAUCAGUGUUGCCGCCAGAGCUACUGUCGCCAGUGUAUCGGCCAAUGGCUCAAACAGGUACCCAGUUGUCCCAAUGAUAGAUCGCCGUUAACUAUGGACGACCUCAUUGGUCAGUCGCGUGCGUUCACCAAUCUAUUGGAUCAGUUGCGAAUCCGAUGCGACUACAACGCUAAUGGUUGUCCAGAAACACCCCGAUUAGCCGAUUUGGCCGUACAUACUGUCCAGUGUCGGUAUAACCCGACCGGCGAUAGUGAGUGCAGUCAAUGCGGUGUACGACAAACACCGCCGUCGACGAUGACUACCACCACUAUUGACGGCGCCGGCGGACAACAUAACUGUGUGGCAAAUCUACAGCAAACUGUUGCCGACUUAAAGUCAGAGCUCAGACAGCUUCGGGAGGCUAACUGUGCUAUGCUUAAGGCUAACACUACUAGUAGUAGUAGUAGUAGUGGACAGUUGUCUGAUAACAACACCAGCAACAGUAACAAACGGUCGUCGACCACUACGCCGGCACCGGGAGUACUACGUAUCAAUAUGACCGAUAUGACCGGUAAAAUGCAAUCAAAAAUAACCAAAYUGGCCGUACAGUUGGCCACCACCGGUACCCGUGGUGACCUAUCGAAACGUGAAYUGGCCGUCAAAAUCAAGCAAACACUUGACAAACAGUACGGCCAGGAUUGGACAUGUAUGAUCCGGGUGCCCGAUCAGGCAGCCAUUAGUUUCUAUUGUGAACGCGAAUAUUUYAUMAAUUUUGAUCUGGGUCCUAAUGAUAAUUAUUACAUUUAUCAGACAUAG